CCAACAGUUGCGGUCUGGAGCUCGUUGGUUGCACAUUGCCGUCGCCGAAAGUCGGCAAGUAAAAUAAAAUACUCGAAAAAUUACAAGCCUCCGUCGUCGUGCGUGAUUCGUUUGCCUAAACCUCAAAGAAAAUAAAACAAAUUAAAUUAUGGCAUAAAUAUGAAUGUAAUGCCAAUAAAUUGUCAUUUGUGUGCAGUGUUAGUGUUAAUGUGUGUGUGCCCUGUGUCGUAUACGCAAUAUUUAUGAAUGCAAUCUCCUACGACUGAGCAAAGACAAUACUCGUAAGCCAAGAUUAUUGUGCCUGCAUAUCGAGAGCAUAGCUGAGUUAAGUGAACCCGAAAAAAGCGGAUAUGCAUUGUCUAUGGUAAUCCCUGUGGAAAUCCCCGAAGCGAUUUUCCCACACCCACACAGCCUGCAGCCGAGUAUUGGCUGCAUAACAAAUCGCAUCUGGCAUUCUGACAUCGCAUCUCGGAUGGCAUCUCUGACUGGGCAAAGAAGUACUCCAGACUAUGGGAUUUCCUACAUAAACUAACCAAUUGUUAUUGAUUGUAAUUGAUUGCUUAACUGACUUUGACAAUUAUUGACACCCUGGACUAUAAAAACCAAACUGUUGGUGGUGCAAUUUUUUUCCGUGUCACCCAAUCCCGUGAAUCGCACCCAUCGACAAUCUCCUCAGCAUUGCAUACUUUUAUGGUCGAAUACUUUGCAGAGCGAGUGUGAGCGUGUGCGGUAGGCGGCAGAGCAAAAAGAUACAAAAUGCGAGCAAAAGUGAGCCCAAUAAAAAGGCGAUAAAAUUGACGCCGAUACAGGAGGAAGGAGCAGGAGCAGGAGCAGGAGCAGGAGCAGGAGAAGGAGCAGGAGCAGAACGAAACGAUAAGCGUAUCCUGUCGGCAGAGUGUAUAAAAGAGCGAUAUAUAUUCCGGUGUGUCCUGUGUGUCCUGUUUGUCCUGUGUGUGUGUGUGUGUGUGUGUUUAUGCCUUGUUUGUUGCUGCAGCCUCUCACUGAUUGCCUGCGAUUCAAAUGCCUUGGUGAUUAAUGGGCCAUUGGCCAUUGCCGACGGGAUGCGCAUAAUUCAACCGGGCCAAUGGCCGGCAAUAGGACUUGGUCUAUUCCUGGCCCUUGCCUGGACAACAGCGGCAGCGGCAGCCAUGGAGUCCUCGGCCGAGCUGCAGGCCCUGGGCUACGAGGCAAUUAGGCCAGGUGCUGUUUCGGCUUCGGCCUCAAUUAGCACCACCUCCACCAGCAGUUCGCCAGCAGUGGCCCCUCGCUCCGACUGGAAAUACAAACGGACGAAAGUCAAACGCCGACAGCAGCGCCUCAAUUCGCACAGUAAUCUGCCCGGCAGCACCAAUGCCUCCCACCUGCACCACCCGCUGGUGAACUUGCCACCUAGGCAGCGCUACCUGAAGGUCAACCAGGUGUUCGAGAGUGAGCGCCGCAUGUCGCCGGCCGAAAUGCAGCGCAAUCAUGGCAAAAUCGUGCUGCUCGGACUCUUUGAGCUCUCCACAUCGAGGGGCCCCCGACCGGAUGGCCUCAGUGAACUGGGAGCCGCCACCAUGGCCGUGGAGCACAUCAACAGCAAGCGUCUGCUGCCGGGCUACACCCUGGAACUGGUGACCAACGAUACUCAGUGUGAUCCUGGAGUGGGCGUGGAUCGCUUUUUUCAUGCCAUCUACACACAACCAUCGACCAGGAUGGUGAUGCUACUGGGAUCGGCUUGUUCGGAGGUCACCGAAAGCCUGGCCAAGGUGGUGCCCUACUGGAACAUUGUGCAGGUAUCCUUUGGCUCUACAUCGCCGGCGUUGAGCGACAGGCGGGAGUUUCCCUACUUCUACAGGACCGUGGCCCCGGAUUCCUCGCACAAUCCGGCGAGGAUUGCUUUCAUCCGAAAGUUUGGCUGGGGAACGGUGACCACAUUCUCGCAGAACGAGGAAGUCCACUCGCUGGCUGUGAACAAUUUGGUCACCGAGCUGGAGGCGGCCAACAUAUCCUGUGCGGCCACCAUCACCUUUGCGGCAACCGACUUCAAGGAGCAGCUGCUGCUACUUAGGGAGACGGACACGCGCAUCAUCAUCGGCAGCUUCUCGCAGGAGCUGGCCCCCCAGAUUUUGUGCGAGGCCUACAGGCUGCGAAUGUUCGGGGCGGACUACGCCUGGAUCCUCCACGAGAGCAUGGGCGCCCCCUGGUGGCCGGACCAGCGAACCGCCUGCUCCAACCACGAACUGCAGCUGGCCGUCGAGAACCUAAUCGUGGUGUCCACGCACAACAGCAUCGUGGGCAACAACGUCAGCUACAGCGGACUGAACAAUCACAUGUUCAACUCACAGCUGCGCAAACAAUCCGCCCAGUUCCAUGGCCAGGAUGGAUUUGGUUUUGGUUCUGGCUCUAACUCUGGCUCCAGGAUCAGUAUCGCUGCACCGCAAUCGGAUUCGGAUGCGGGCCGUCGGCGGAGAAGAAGGAGGAGUAGAAGGGGAUUGGGUGGCAGUGGAGGAAGCGGAGGUCAUCUCUUCCCGGAGGCCAUAUCGCAGUAUGCACCGCAGACCUACGAUGCCGUGUGGGCCAUUGCUUUGGCCUUGAGAGCCGCCGAGGAGCACUGGCGGCGCAACGAGGAGCAAUCGAAGCUGGACGGAUUCGAUUACACGCGCAGCGACAUGGCCUGGGAGUUCCUGCAGCAGAUGGGCAAACUGCACUUCUUGGGCGUAUCGGGUCCCGUUUCCUUCAGUGGUCCGGAUCGCGUUGGCACCACAGCCUUCUAUCAAAUCCAGCGCGGUCUGUUGGAACCGGUGGCCCUCUACUAUCCGGCGACGGAUGCCCUGGACUUCCGGUGCCCUCGCUGCCGUCCGGUGAAGUGGCACAGCGGUCAGGUCCCCAUCGCCAAGCGGGUGUUCAAGCUGCGGGUGGCCACCAUCGCACCACUGGCCUUCUACACCAUCGCCACGCUCUCAAGCGUGGGAAUUGCCCUGGCCAUAGCCUUUCUCGCCUUCAAUCUGCACUUUCGCAAACUCAAGGCAAUUAAACUUUCCAGCCCCAAGCUGAGCAACAUCACCGCAGUGGGCUGCAUCUUUGUGUACGCCACCGUCAUCCUUUUGGGUCUGGACCACUCGACGCUGCCCUCGGCGGAGGACUCCUUCGCCACGGUCUGCACGGCACGCGUCUACCUUCUGUCCGCCGGAUUUUCGCUGGCCUUUGGAUCGAUGUUUGCCAAAACCUACAGAGUUCAUAGGAUCUUCACGCGCACUGGAAGUGUUUUCAAGGACAAGAUGCUGCAGGACAUCCAGCUGAUCCUGCUCGUCGGUGGAUUGCUUCUGGUGGAUGCAAUGCUGGUUACCCUUUGGGUGGUCACCGAUCCCAUGGAGCGGCAUCUACACAAUCUUACGCUCGAGAUAAGCGCCAUCGAUAGGAGUGUCGUCUACCAGCCGCAGGUGGAGGUAUGUCGUUCGCAGCACACACAAACGUGGUUAAGUGUCCUGUACGCCUACAAGGGUCUCCUCCUCGUCGUUGGUGUGUACAUGGCCUGGGAGACGCGACACGUGAAGAUCCCUGCGCUGAACGAUUCCCAGUACAUUGGCGUGUCGGUCUACAGUGUGGUCAUCACCAGCGCCAUCGUCGUGGUGCUGGCCAACUUAAUUUCAGAGCGAGUCACCCUGGCCUUCAUAACCAUCACGGCUCUGAUUUUAACCAGCACCACGGCAACGCUUUGCCUGCUCUUCAUUCCCAAACUGCACGACAUCUGGGCGAGAAACGACAUUAUUGACCCAGUGAUCCACAGCAUGGGUCUGAAGAUGGAGUGCAACACCCGUCGAUUCGUGGUGGACGAUCGCCGGGAACUGCAGUAUCGCGUGGAAGUGCAAAACAGGGUCUACAAAAAGGAGAUCCAGGCUCUGGAUGCCGAGAUCCGCAAGCUGGAGCGUCUGCUGGAAUCGGGACUGACCACCACUUCAACAACGACUUCGUCCUCCACGUCACUGCUUGCGGGAGGUACUGGCGGUCACCUAAAGCCGGAACUGACAGUCACCACUGGGAUUUCACAAGUUCCUGCGCCAGCUGCGAGUAAAACCCGGACACCGAGUAUCUCGGGAAUACUACCGAAUCUCCUGCUCUCCGUGCUGCCACCGGUGAUUCCCCGGGCCAGUUGGCCCUCGGCAGAGUACAUGCAGAUACCGAUGAGGCGUUCGGUGACCUUUGCCUCGCAACCCCAACUGGAGGAAGCCUGUCUGCCGGCACAGGACUUGAUCAAUCUCCGCUUAGCCCACCAACAGGCCACGGAGGCCAAAACAGGAUUGAUCAACCGAUUGCGAGGGAUAUUCUCGCGCACCACUUCGAGUAACAAGGGCUCCACUGCCAGUUUGGCCGAUCAAAAGGGUCUGAAGGCGGCCUUCAAAUCGCACAUGGGUCUGUUCACCCGUCUGAUUCCCUCCUCGCAAACGGCCUCCUGCAAUGCCAUCUACAAUAGUCCCAAUCAGGAUUCUUCCAUGCCCGUGGAGUCGUCGUCGUCGUCCUCCCAUCCAAAUGGCAAUCAUCACCACCACUUGAAACCAAUUCACAGGGGUUCCCUGACCAAGAGUGGCACCCACCUGGAUCACCUCACCAAGGAUCCGAAUUUCUUGCCCAUACCCACUAUUUCGGGGGCAGAGGAAUUGGGUGGCAAGUAUGUGAAGCUGCUGGAGACCAAGGUGAACUUUCAACUGCCCAGCAACCGGAGACCAUCGGUGGUGCAACCAGCGCCCAGUUUAAGAGAGCGGGUGAGGGGCUCCCCUCGCUUUCCCCACCGCAUUCUGCCGCCCACUUGUAGCCUCAGUGCCCUAGCCGAGUCCGAGGAUCGUCCCGGGGACAGCAAUUCCAUUUUGGGCAGCUGCAAGUCCAUACCACGUAUUUCCCUGCAACAGGCCACCAGUGGCGGCACCUGGAAAUCCAUGGAGACGGCAGCCAAAUCGAGGCUUUCUCUGGGUGAUUCACAGGAGGAGGAGCAGCAGCAGCAGCAGCAGACGUCUUAGAUUAGAUGCCCUGUCCUUCAUCCAAGUCAAACUCCAAGUCCAAGUCCUUGUCAAUUAGAAAGGAGAAACACCAAGCAAUUAUUUAACGACACGCCCACGACAGAUUCUGCCACCCAGAAUAGCGCGUGUGCAACUGACCAAUCAUCAGCUUAAAGCAAUCAAACGCAUUAGGGUAAAACACUAGAUAAGUCACGAUAGGAACACAGCCCCUCUUCCUUGGUUUAUCACCCAUAGCUAGUCAUCUUCCCGAACUUAGCGGAGUGUAAGCCACACAGAGAAAAAUGCAGGCACAUUGUGCUCUGCCUAGAAUUAGAAAUAAAAUUUACAAAUUAAAGUAAGACAGUUUUGGAAAUUUAGAAUUCGUCUAUAUAUUGAGUCGUUGUUUUUUCAAAUCAGUAAAGUUUUCUAAAAACUAUCAUCAGUAUUUGCUUGUUGAACGAAACUCCUAGUAUAUUUAAUAUCUCAUGUUGCCAAGCUUUUAGAAAUUCGACGGGAAUAUGGUUUUUUAUAGUGUUUUAAACUAUUUU